GGAUCGUGCGUAAACUACGUCAAAUCCGCCAGGAACAAGCAAACGCUGCACUGCCUGCGCUACCUUGUCUUUAUCUUUUAUUGUCGACGGCUUUGUGACUGUUAACUUUCUUCUGAUUUCGCCUGCAUUGCUUUAUACUCGAAUCUUCGCCCUCUGUAUAUCAGGGAGGAUUUAGAGAGAUGUAGUGUGUGCCCCAUGUCUCUUCUUCGCUUGGUAAGAUAACAACACCGUGCCUUGCGUAGUCUCUUUGCACAAUAUUCUUUUUGCACCGAGCUUGUUUUUCACCAAAGCAGUGGAGCACCUGUUAGGAGUGUAGCUGUGCGUAACGAAAUGCUCAUGUUGAUAUUUUAUCUCCGUGCUUUAGAUCGGGUUUCUCUGGAUUGGACGAAGCAACUGCUAUUCAAUACACGCUUCCUCCCCGCAUGGUAUAAACACCAUGGACAACGUGCAUUCCAGAGAGUCUAAAUAUAUCUAUUAGGCCACGGGAGGGGGGAGGAGUGGUGUAGGGGGUUUAUCCUGGGACAUUUCACUGUCUCGCACCACCUGCAUUGUCUUCUGGAGAUUGACAAUCGGUUAUUAUACCCACUGACGAGAACUUGGCCCCGUAUUCCAAUAUGCCCUCCAAUGUAAGAUCCAGGGCGCGGGAGAGAAACAGCGUCCUGAGCAGACCUGAGUUUAUGUCACUCAACCAUCAGCCUCUCUGUGGCGGUGGCCCCACCGAGAGCCGAGGCAGCUCAAGGCGACUGGGUCAACUCAAGCACCAAACAAGCCAGCAGAGCGAAGAACCUACCGACAGAGGCAGCAAGGACAGAAGAGAGUCCAACAAAAUGCCAGAGGAAGACUGCAUGCAGCUGAACCCUUCCUUCAAGGGAAUAGCAAUGAAUUCCCUCCUCGCCAUUGACAUCUGCCUGUCCAAGCGCAUGGGGGUGUGCGCCUAUACGUCGUCCUCCUGGGGAGGCUGCCGCUCCAUGGUUGCCCUGUUGGCUCUUACAGGGCACGGUAUCACGUGGAUCAUUGGCACUAUCGUGUGUCUCACACGGAGUAACACUCUGGCUGGGCAAGAGGUCCUAGUCAACCUGCUGCUGGCCCUCAUCCUUGACGUGAUGACUGUGGCUGGAGUCCAGAGACUGGUGAAACGCAGAGGACCCUGGGAGAUGACGCCGAGCUUCCUGGACUGCGUCGCCAUGGACUUGUACUCUUUCCCCGCUGCGCACGCCAGCCGGGCCGCCAUGGUCUCCAAGUUCUUGCUGUCCCACUUGGUGCUGGCUGUGCCGCUUCGCAUCCUGUUGGUGCUGUGGGCCUUCCUGGUGGGCAUGUCCCGGGUACUGUUGGGCAAACAUCAUCUAACCGAUAUGGUGUGCGGCUUUGCACUGGGCAUGCUCCAUUUUAGUUUGAUGGAGACGGUGUGGCUCUCGUCAAACACCUGUCAGACUCUUAUUUCCAUAAGCACACUGAGCUGGAGCCCCUUUUUCUGAGCUUUUGCUAGCAUACAAGGCUUAUUUGGUACUUUAACCUUGCAAUAUCAAAUACUUACCGAUGGGUGACAAAUUAAAGGAAAAACAAGAAACCGUGUCUUAGUAAGGUGAUGGGCCAACACUUGCUACCAGUAUAGCCUUAACGCACCUUGGCAUUGACUCAACAAGUCUUUUUUUCCCUAUAACCUGUAACCAUGAAGCUCAGGUUUUUAGGUUUUUCCUUCAGAUUGUCACCUAUAUGUUAGCAGGAUUUGUGAAACAGGUUUUGCAGCAGUCAAAAGAUUUUUUUUUUUUUUGUUUUUAUUGCAGGGCGCGAGCAGGAAAGCACUAAUGUUUGGAUCCAGAUGCUGACUUGCAUGCAAUUCCCCAAACAAGAAGGUCGCAAGACCUUCAUAACGCUUCACAAAUUCAAGUAUCACACUGCUUCAUAGUGUUAACAAAACACUAACAGCCACAAGCAAAAUAAAAUAACUGCAGACUGACUGCAGGUUUUCUUGAACGUGUACUUGAAUGAAUAAUAGUUUGGAUUUUUUUUUAAAAGAUUUUUGAAAUCUUUGAAUCUUUUAACCUUUACAGUUCAUUUAUAAUUUAGCCUCUAUCAAGGACACUAACUUCCAUGCUAUGUCAAGUUUUUCCUUAUAUUUUAGGAGAGUAAAACCAUGUUGAACACUGGAGUUUACUGUUAGGCUGUAUUAUUGGAUGCAGCAUUCAAGUAUAUAAAGUUAUGGCAGUUUGGAAAGUGCACAUUGUUUAUAAGUGGCAUGACUGUUAUAUUUGUGUAUUUGUUUUGCUGUAUGUUUAUCAUAUUUGAACUUUUUUUUUUAUUAAGCUGUUUCUGUACAACAGUUAUCACCCAAAAUCUAAUAUUUUUUCUUAUACUAUAAAAUAUAAUUUCUAUCAAUGUGCCAUUUGUGAUUUAAUGAGUUGAAAUUGUUUUUAAAGCUGAUACUUCUCUGCAGCGCUUUCAUUAAAGGUCUUUAAUGGUUCGUUAAAGUCUCCACAACAACCAAACAUAUGUGUAUGGGUUUUCAGUGAUUCCGAUUGAUGCCUCACUAAAAAAAAGAUGAAGUGUAUGGGUGCAAGAAUAGGAAUAUAUGUUUGAAAUAUCAGCUGUGGACAUGUUAUGCCUUUUUUCUGUUUUUUUAUGGAGCCUUAGGAUGAACUCUGCUAUGAUUUGAUUGGUUUAGUAAGGUUAAACAUGUACAUGAAUUUGUGCUGUACAGGGAUCUGUAUAUGAUGUUUUUAUAAUGU